AUGGUUCUCUUCAAGGUUCACCAAGCUUUGCUCGAAACUGAUAACUUGGAGUUGAUCGCCAAGAUCAUGCGAGUUAGUUCAGUGAAUGACGUUCGCGUCCAUACGGUGGGUAUGCCCGACGAAGGCUCGUUUGCGGAUGUCCAAGAACUCACGCGUGGAUGUCUUUACAACGCCAAAAAUGAGGGCCACUUUUGCUCGCCAUGCUUGGAGAACAAAUAA